GACUCUUCCUUCAUCGAAGUUUUCAAGUAUUGUUUGACAUGAAAGCCAUGAAGAUACUAGUCUUUUUCUUGCUCUGCUGCCUCUCUUCAAAGUCCGUUUUGUCGAGCCCUGGGCGCUAUGAAGCAAUCUUCAACUUCGGCAACUCUCUGAGUGACACCGGAAACUUCCUACUUUCUGGGGCACUUGCAUUUCCAGGCAUAAAAAAUCUUCCUUACGGUGAGACAUUCUUCCACCACCCAACCGGUCGAUGCUCAAACGGACGGCUCAUGAUUGAUUUCAUAGCUGAAGUAUUUGGGCUGCCGUUUCUUCCACCAUAUCUCGCAGUAGCCAAAGGUCCACCUGUUCGUACUGGAGUGAACUUCGCAGUUGUUGGUGCCACAGCACUCGACCCGUCUUUCUUCUAUGCUCAGAAGAUUGGGCCACUCUUGUGGACCAAUGACUCAUUGAGUGUUCAGCUUGGCUGGUUCAAGAAUUUGAAGAAGUCUCUCUGCACCACCAAACAAGAUUGUGAUGACUACUUCAAGAAGUCUCUAUUUUUGGUGGGGGAGAUGGGUGGCAAUGACUACAUCUUUCCCUUUAUUUUUGGUCUAAGUGUUAAACAGCUACGUGCUUGGGUACCACAAGUCGUUGGAGCAAUCGCCCGUGCCAUCCGUAUACUGAUAGAAGAAGGAGCCGUGGAUAUGGUGGUCCCAGGACAGUUUCCAGUAGGCUGCUCCGCCGUGUUUCUAACUUUGCUUCAUAGCCCUAAUAAAUCGGCAUAUGACCCAAGUGGGUGUCUCAAGGCUUAUAAUGCUUUCUUCGAGUACCACGAUAACUACCUCAAGCAAGAAUUGCAAAAAUUGAGAGAGGAAUACCCUCAUGCAAGAAUUAUGUAUGCUGAUUAUUAUGGUGCCUCCAUACCUCUUUAUCGCACUCCAAAACACUAUGUUCAUCUCAAGAAAGGCCAUGACAACGAUCCCAAUAGCAACCUACAUGGUUUAGUCGAGAGAAAGAGACCAAAGAUGAAUCGAGGAUUGGUGAAUCAAGUUGAGAAUUGA